CAUUCUCUAGUCCACCUUUCCCGUACAGAUCUGGAAUCAGGCCGGGCUGCGAGUACGAGUAGCUGCUCCGGCCCCGAUCGAUGGCGGCGCCCGGAUCCUGCCCCUCGCCGCCGGCCCCGUCAGCCGGCCACCCUCCCGUCUGCCUCGCCGCCGACGCUUCAGGUGGAGCGGGAUCCCAGGAAGCGCCGCUGCGGCCGUCGCUGGUGCUCUUCGGCGACUCCAUCACCGAGCAGUCCUUCCGCCCCGGCGGCUGGGGAGCGGCCCUCGCCGACACCUACUCCCGCAAGGCCGAUGUUGUCGUCAGAGGCUACGGCGGGUACAACACGAGAUGGGCGCUGUUCCUUAUCCACCGCAUCUUUCCCCUGGUCGGCGUACCGCCUGUAGCCACCACCAUAUUCUUCGGUGCCAAUGACGCGGCGCUUCUCGGACGGACAAGCGAGCGGCAGCAUGUGCCGGUUGAGGAGUAUAAGCAGAAUCUCAGAACAAUCGUUAAUCAUCUCAAGGAUUGUUCCAAGUCCAUGGUGAUUUUGCUUAUCACCCCACCUCCUAUUGAUGAAGAUGGAAGAGAAAGAUAUGCACGAUCACUAUAUGGAAAAGAUGCGAGGAGUCUCCCUGAAAGGACAAAUGAAAUGGCUGGUGUCUAUGCAAGUCAAUGCAUAGAACUAGCCAAAGAAAUGGAUGUGCACUGUGUUGAUAUUUGGUCAAAGAUGCAAACGACUGAAGGGUGGCAGAAACUUUACUUAAGUGAUGGACUGCAUCUGACACCGGAAGGGAAUGCUCUGGUCCACAAGGAGGUUGUCCAAACAUUGAGAGGUGCCGGUCUGAAAGCUGAAGAUAUGGCACAUGACUUUCCUCAUCAUUCCAAAAUAGAUGGAAUUUGCCCGGAGAAGGCCUUCCAGUGAUGUGAUUUCAGGCUGUGGGAAGUUCAAGUUUGAACUGCUUGCUCCCGGUGUCUGGAGGCCUUCCACUUACUGGUGUCAAGCUCACGACUCGGCUGGAAGCAUAUGCUGAAGGUUUCUGCACUGGGACAGAACGGCGAUGUCAGUUGUUACUAGGUACCUGCUGUAAUCUUAAGGGCAUCUUUGUCUGAAUGAUAAGGAACAGUAUUGUCUAGGUGUACUCCAGUUCUCUUUCUUCCGAGGAAUAGAACAGAGCCGAACCUGCUUUAGACUUUUGUCAUCUUGUCAUGCGCAUGAUUAUUGCAAUGGAAUAUAUGUUUUGCAAAAAAGAUUAUGAUCUUA